CAACAGGCCCUCCCGUUGCCACUUAUGACCUAAAAUCCCUCCUUGCGAGAUUCUUGCUAUCUUUUUAAAUUCUCCUCCACUUUUUCGCUCUUCUCUUCCUCCAGAAGCCACCUGGUUUGCAACGUCAACACCUUCUACCUCAAUUGACUCUGUGAAGCUGCGCUCACCGAGCUGAUCGUAAGGCAAGAUGAUGGCUACUCGUCAGCUCCUGGGCGCUGCCCGGAGCCGCGCUGUCGGCAGCGCGAGCCUGGGCCUCCGGCGCACCAUGGCUACCGUCUCCGACUCUGCCCUUGACAAGAAGGUCAAGCAGAACAACUGGGAGGAGGGCAACUUCAUCAACUACAAGAAGAUGUCUGAGAACCUCGCCAUUGUCCGUUCCAGACUCAACCGCCCUCUCGCCUAUGCCGAGAAGAUUCUCUACUCCCACUUGGACGAUCCCCAUGGACAGGAGAUCGAGCGUGGUGUCUCCUACCUCAGACUUCGCCCCGACCGCGUUGCCUGCCAGGAUGCUACCGCCCAGAUGGCCAUCCUUCAGUUCAUGUCCGCCGGCAUGCCCUCCGUCGCCAACCCCACUACCGUCCACUGCGACCACUUGAUUGAGGCUCAGCAGGGUGGUGAGAAGGAUUUGGCUCGCGCUGUUGGUAUCAACAAGGAGGUCUACGACUUCCUUGCCUCUGCUUGCGGUAUGUUCUCCCUCGGUUUCUGGAAGCCCGGCUCUGGUAUCAUUCAUCAGAUUCUUUUGGAGAACUAUGCUUUCCCUGGUGGUCUCCUUAUCGGCACUGACUCCCAUACCCCCAACGCUGGUGGUCUCGGUAUGGCUGCCAUUGGUGUCGGUGGUGCUGACGCUGUCGAUGUUAUGGCCAACCUCCCCUGGGAGUUGAAGGCUCCCAAGGUUAUCGGUGUUAAGCUGACUGGCUCUCUCUCUGGCUGGACUUCUCCCAAGGAUAUCAUUCUCAAGGUUGCUGGCAUUCUCACCGUCAAGGGUGGCACUGGUGCCAUCGUUGAGUACUUCGGCCCUGGUGUCGACAGCUUGUCUGCCACUGGUAUGGGUACCAUCUGCAACAUGGGUGCUGAGAUUGGUGCCACCACCUCCCUCUUCCCCUUCAACGACCGCAUGUACGACUACCUCAAGGCCACCAAGCGUACCGAGAUCGGUGACUUCGCCCGCUCUUACGCCAAGGAGCUCCGCCAGGAUGACGGUGCCGAGUACGACCAGCUCAUCGAGAUCAACCUCUCUGAGCUCGAGCCCCAUAUCAACGGUCCCUUCACUCCCGAUCUUGCUACCCCCAUCUCCAAGUUCGCCGAGGCUGCCAAGGCCAACAACUGGCCCGAUGAGGUCAAGGUCGGUCUUAUCGGCUCUUGCACCAACUCCUCGUACGAGGAUAUGUCCCGCGCCGCCUCCAUCGCCCGCGAUGCCCUCAACCACGGCAUCAAGUCCAAGGCUCUCUUCACCGUCACCCCCGGUUCCGAGCAGAUUCGCGCCACCAUUGCCCGUGAUGGCCAGCUCCAGACCUUCGAGGAGUUCGGUGGUGUCGUUCUUGCCAACGCUUGCGGCCCCUGCAUUGGUCAGUGGGAUCGCCAGGACGUGAAGAAGGGCGAGGCCAACUCCAUCAUCUCUUCCUACAACCGUAACUUCACCGGCCGUAACGAUGGUAACCCCGCCACUCACUCCUUCGUCACCUCCCCCGAUCUCGUCGUUGCCAUGUCCAUUGCCGGCUCUCUCUCCUUCAACCCCCUCACCGAUACCCUGAAGGACAAGGAUGGCAAGGACUUCAAGCUCUCUCCUCCCACCGGCAACGGUCUCCCCGAGAGAGGCUACGACCCCGGCCAGGACACCUACCAGGCCCCCCCUAAGGACCGUGCCAACGUCACUGUCCAGGUCUCCCCCACCUCCGACCGUCUCCAGCUCCUCUCUCCCUUCAACGCUUGGGACGGCAAGGAUGCCACUGACAUGCCCAUCCUCAUCAAGGCCCAGGGCAAGACCACCACCGAUCACAUUUCCAUGGCCGGUCCUUGGCUCAAGUACCGUGGUCAUCUCGACAACAUCUCCAACAACAUGUUGAUUGGUGCCAUCAACGCUGCCAACGGUGAGGCCAACAAGAUCAAGAACUUCACCACUGGUGAGUGGGAUGCCGUCCCCGCUGUUGCCCGUGACUACAAGGCCAAGGGCAUCCGUUGGGUCGUUAUCGGUGAUUGGAACUACGGUGAGGGUUCUUCUCGUGAGCACGCCGCUCUCGAGCCCCGCCACCUUGGUGGUCUCGCCAUCAUCACCCGCUCUUUCGCUCGUAUCCACGAGACCAACCUCAAGAAGCAGGGUAUGCUUCCUCUCACCUUCUCCGACCCUGCCGACUACGACAGGAUCAAUCCCGAUGACAAGGUCGACAUCCUCUGCACUGAGCUUGCUGUUGGCAAGCCCAUCACUCUCCGUGUCAAGCCCGCCAACGGUGAGGCUUUCGAGAUCCCCCUCUCGCACACCUUCAACGAGGCCCAGAUUGAGUGGUUCAAGAACGGUUCCGCUCUCAACACCAUGGCCAAGAAGGCCAAGAACUAAAAUACCCCAAAAUGUGACGUGUGUCAUGAAUCGGAGAAUGAGAAUGGUGGUGUGAGGGCCGACAGGAAAGAUCGGCGGCUUCUGGAACUAUGGGAAUUGGCGUAACCGCAGCAACUGUUUCCUUUUGUAUGUAUAGUCAUGGCCUUGCAUUUCAAUGGUACUUGUCAUUUAUAUGAAUCUGGUGUCUGGGCUGUUGUUCAAUGGUUUGUGUGGAAUCUGGAAUUUCACCGGUAUACAUUUGGAGUUGAGGGAACACCGCGUUCUUUGGUGUAAGUAUACCGCUGGUGUAUCGCUAUCAUUUACGUACGAUGAAUGAAGAUUUGAAGAAAACUACCCCUUGUAAUA